AUGAGGAUCAAGGGUAAAGAGCUCAAUGUCUGGGCUUGUGGGAAAACAUCUGGCAAAUUAGCUGGUAAACUAGGCCAGCCAAUACAACCAAAAGAAUUGACUAUAUUUUUUAUCCAUGGCUUGGGAUCAUCUCAGAACUAUUAUUAUGCCUUGCUACCAGAGCUUGUCAAAAGAGCCAACUGCAUUCUAAUGGAUACAGAAGGUUCUGCCUUGUCGAGCCUUGGUCCCCUAAAACCUAGUGUAAAUUCGAUUGUUGGAGACAUAAAGGAUCUUUUAUUAAGUUAUGGAGUAACUGGUAAACUGAUAAUUGUUGGACAUUCAAUGGGUGGAAUUACUGCUACUAAGUUUGCUGAAAAGUACCACUCUGUGUCGGGACUGAUUUUGAUAAGUCCCGUUCAUCCCAAUGAAACAAUUCAAAAAGUCAUGGCAAAUAGGGCCAAGACUGUUCGAGAGUCGAACUCAGUUAUUGAAAUUGCUAAUUCCGUGGCCGAGAAUGCUCCGGGAUCUCUGUCUACCUAUCUCCACCGGGCGUUUAUUCGAAGUCUGGUCUCCCAGCAGUCUCCAAGUGGAUACGCUGCGAUGUGCGAAGUUAUCGCCACAGCAGAACCUGCCGACUAUUCAAAAAUCAACAUACCUGUUCUUAUUUUGGUUGGCGAAGAUGACAAAACAGCUCCUUACGAAACGUGCAGCAAAGUCAUCGAACAUAGCCUCAGCGGUCCUACUAAUGUCCAUAAACUGCGUGGAGUGGGCCAUUGGCCUUGUAUAGAAUGCAGUGAUGACGUGACUCGAAAUAUAGUUAACUGGUUACUUGCAAAGGGAUUUGCCUAA